UGAAGAAAAAAUCCCUAAUUUUCAGUUCCUUCUUUCUCUUGGCUCGCGCGCACGGGUGUCCUCUGAACUCUAUCGACGCUGAAAUCUUGCGACGGCGUUGAUCCUUUCCUUCCAUACACGGCAGCUUCUGUAAUACAUACAUUUUUUCCCCUCCUAUUUUCGUCAACUCCUCCGCUAGAAAACGCUCUAAGCUCUCGUUCACCAAGUACCCGCCGUCACUGAUCGUUUUCCAGCCACUCUCGUCUCUUCUAUUAUUGUCUUACAGCAGACGCAAAUCUUGAAAAUUCUGUGAGAAAAUCCCUCCGAGCUCACAGGAACUAUGAGGGAAGUCGUGACUGUUCAAGUUGGAGAAUUUGCGAACUUCGUUGGUUCUCAUUUCUGGAACUUUCAGGAUGAGUUGAUUGGCCUGGCUGCAGACCCUCUUGGAGAUGCUGUGUUUAAGCAUCAACAUCUUAAUAUGGACGUACUCUACCGUUCUGGUGAGACACAACAGGGUGUACUUACGUAUACUCCACGCCUAGUUUCAGUUGGCUUUAAAGGAGGCUUAGGAUCUGUAAGUGCACGUGGCACUCUAUAUAAUGAUGAUGCGGAUACACCAUCUAAUAUUGUCACAUGGCGUGGUAAUGUUGCCACUCAGCAUACUGAAUCACGUAAGAAAAACUUGUUCUUGCAAAGUUUAUCUGAAGAAGAGCAGGAGAACGUAGUGAGUGGUCAAAGUAGUGGUCGGGGAGAAAUUGAGGACAAGGAUAUAGUCGAAUGCCUAGAAAAAGAUGUCACCUUUUGGACAGACUUCUCUAAGGUUCACUUCCACCCUCAAAGCUUAUAUCAAUUAAAUGGAUUAUGGAUGGACGUUCAGGAGUUCGACAAUUAUGGAAUUGGAAAAGAAUCUCUCUCUUGGGGUUCGCAAGGUGAAGAAAUCGAUGAGAGGCUUCGUUUUUUUGUGGAGGAAUGUGACCAUAUCCAAGGUUUUCAGUUCAUAGUUGAUGACUCAGGAGGUUUUUCGGCAAUAGCUGGGGAUUUUCUCGAGAGUGUUGCAGAUGAAUAUUCAAACACCCCAGUUUUACUUUAUAGUGUUCGAAGUCCUAGCUCUUCUAACAUGCUUCGUGAAAAUAAGAAGCAGAUAGUUUCUAGAAAUCUCCAUGAUGCAGUUUCAUUUGCAAGACUAUCAUCUUUUUGUCAGCUUUAUGUGCCAGUUGGUUUGCCAAGUUUGAGCAGAAGCAAAGCUACCACGCAUCUCUGCAUUGAUGACCAGAAGCCUUACCACUGUAGUGCUGUAUAUGCUGCUGCUUUACACUCCAUUGGGCUUCCUUUACGAAUGGAAGCCCAUGGUGCAACCACAGAUUCAAAUUAUGUUUCCGGUGCAGUUCAUAUCAAUGACUUGGUAAGGAUGUUAGCUGGGCAAGGUAGGCAAAAUAUGGUAGCCAUUUUGGAUGUUGCUAUGCCGGCGCCCUCUGUCUUUGGAAAACAUUUGGGCCAAUCAUUCUUGGAAAAUUUGCAGCCCUUGACACCCGAGGUAACAGAAGAUGCAGAAGAUUUGCAGGCACUGGAAUACAUGGCCGUGCAUGGAGUGUUCGGAUCGGGAGGGGACCGGGCUUCAGUCUCCGAAGUAAAGGAUGAAAUUUGUGCUGCUUAUGAAGGGGAAGCAGUAAAGCCAAAGCACUGCCAUCUGUCAACAGCUCAAUGUCCUCUGCCUAUACCCUUGCCUUUCCCUUCAAUCUUUGGAAACCUGAUUAGCCAACAUGGUCAAUUGUUGACCACUCCAAUCUCGGGUGCUUUGUCAAGGGGAUCCCUUGACGUGCAUUCCAUUCCCAUUGCAGCUCGGCUACGUUCUAGCAGUGCUAUACUGCCAUUUUUAGAGAGAAGAUUAACGAAUCUUCUAAGACAUGGAACGGUACAAGGAUCGUCUGCGUCCCCAUUGCUUAGAAGUUGGGGGUUUGGAAGAGAGGAAGUAGAAGACAUGGGAGAAUCACUUUCAAAAAUGGUUUUGGCGCUAAAUCCACAUUCACUAUCCUCGUCUGAUUCUGAUUGAGGUAUGUACGACUGUUAUGAAAUUGAAAAUGUAGAAAUUUGUGAAAGUGGGAUUGAAGUAGUCUGUCUGUUUGAUUUAUAGUCAUGAACUCAGAAUGAUGAAAUGCACACGAGAACAUGGGUUUUUAUGUGAUUCUUGACAUCAUGUAGCUAAGGAUUUUUAGAAACGGGCAGCAAGAAAGGUCAACUGUCAAGCUGCCUGCUGUUUUGUUGGAUUUCAUGUCAUGGUUGUGCUUGGGUCUGAUUAUUAGUGUAGCAUUUUCUUUUCUUAGAAAUGAUUAGUCUGGCUAGCUUUAUUUAAAGAUGUAUACAGAAACAUAAAAUUAAAUGUUUUCUUGAUGAAUUUUAGUUG